UGUCACGUGAGCUCAUUUCCUGGACAAAAUGGCCUCCUCACUUUGGUCGAUUUCAUUGAAAAUGUUGAAUAUAUUUGUAUUUUUCUCGUUGAUAGGAUUAUACUCCGCAGCCCAAUUACUCAUCACGCACACUCCAAGCCAUGUCAAAUUCUUAGAAAAUGCCGGAAAAAUAUCAUCAAGUGAAAUUCCUAAGGCUGUUUCAUUAGCCAUGGGAUUUUCCGUAGAUAGGGACAUGGAAUGGAAAGGUUUGGCUGAGAGCAACCCAUUCAAGCGACCAAAAGCAAGUGUUGUCAUCGCCAUAGAAACAUCAGUGCCUGUCAGACCAGCUCAUGCAUUAUCAUAUCCUGUUGAAAAUGACUAUCCUGUAGUUCAGCUAGAGUCAGUUGUAAACAAUAUCGAAAGUACAUUCCUGGAGAAGAACCCUCUUAUAGUUGACCUUGCAGCGGAUAACACAAUGUUUGAGUUGAAAUCUCGUCAUGCGGAUAUAUUUCACCGUCUUCCCUCCACACUCGCGAACACCAUUCCAUUCUUGAAGAGAAGUGGCUCCAUCUUGGAUACCAUGGAAACCGGGACACUAAACGUCACCAACAAACCUGACCUCGCCCUACUGGCAGAGCUACAGAUCAUCAAAGAAAUCAUGUUUGCUAUCAAAGACCAUAAAAACUUAUUGGAAGACAGUACGCCAGAUUUGUUCAGUUUUGGUUUGACGGGUUUAAAGGAUGUGGUGAGCUCGUACGGGGAGGAGUCCCAGAUCACCAAAGAUGCUGUACAACUUGUGGAGAAGUUUGUUGAACAAAUUACAUCCGAAUUCCAAAAGUUCUAUAAAGACAAUGUGGUGAUUGAGGUGGUCACGCUUCCACCAGCUGAUGGACGUCUUAUCCGUAAGAGUCGUAGCCUCCUUGCUGACCCCACUAAGGCCCCACAGACAGACAAGAAGAAAUACAAUCUUGGAGAAGACUAUGAUGAAAUGUACCCCGUCGCCUUCAACAUCAUCUUAUGGAUGAUGAUCGUCCUGGCUCUGGCCCUCUUUGCUGUCUCGCUCGGUUUGUGGCACAUGGACCCCGGACGCGACAGCAUCAUCUACAGGAUGACGAGUCAACGCAUGAAGAAGGAAUAAGCUAGAACUUUUGAAUUGAUUGAUAAAAGCAAAAUUGAUUUGAGGAAUGUCAGAAAAUGCUACCCUGUUUUAGGUUAUGUUGAGUACAAUCAGACACAGAUGUUAAUCCAAGAAAAGGCUCUGCACAAGUCCUAUUAUUCUCUAUUUAACUAAAGCUAGUUUUUGACCUAAGCAUUUGUAGCAUUCUUUGAUAGACAUAAGCAGUUAUUUAUAAAAUUUAUUGAGAGAAAUGCCAAAACAAAGAGUUCUGGUGGUUAUUGUAAAUCAUUAGAGAGUUCGAAAAUAGUGGUGUUAGAUAAAUAUGCAUGUGUUGGCUUUAUGACUAAAUGUUAAAAAACUGUCAUCUGCCUCUGUGAACUUGAGCCAGAUUUAGAUCUGUGUGAUAAUGUAUAUUUGUGAAUUCUGUAAUAAGAAGUGUACACAUUCCUGACAUCAGGGAGAUAGGAAUUUUUCAAUUUUCUGUGUAGUCUGGUCCCCCUGACCUAUAUGAGGUUGAUGUUCUGUCAAUGUUGUGACGCCUGACAGGACAAGUGGGGACCAGACUAUCUUCUGUGAUAGUUCAUGUGGUUAAUUCUAGUGGAGCCAUCUUACAUUGCAACAUCAGGGCAUGUGUACAUGUACUUUGCCAUUUGGGCCAUUCGAGAAGUUCUGAUAUGAGGUCCCCUAAAAAUGAUCUUAGGGCGGUCUGUAUUGCUUUUCAGACAUAAAUUUACCUGCCUACUUACUAAAGUGUGCAUGUACUGCACUAUUCUACUGUAUUGUAUACAGUAAGGCUAAAAUGGCCUUUACAUUGCAUGAUGCAUAUGGGCUCGUUUCUGGAGCAGCUGUUGUGAUGGUGGUUGAACAACUCUGUGCAUUGUACAUGUUGGUGAGUACAUGCAGUAUUGUUACAAUGUAAGGUGGUCUAUGUAAAUAUUGGUGUAAUUAUUUAUCAGAGAUGUGUUCAGUUGCUUUGGCAUUCUUAGUUGAGAAUAAGUCACUCUAUGAUUUCAUGCAGGAAUACAUUGCCUGUGAAGUAAAAACCUCCCAUACGUGUACAUGUAUGUGUAGAGAUCAUGGGGAGAACAGUAGGCAUAUUUAAGUAAUGUUGAGUGAUAAUUGUUGAUUUGCAUAUAUUGUUGUACAGGUGUACAUGUAGGUCUAGACAUUUGUUGCAUGAGCAGUUAUCAAUAGUUGCCACUUUUGCCCUCUGAAGACUUGAGGCUUUGCGGACACAGUGUACAUUAGUGCCAAAGACUGUUUGAGUGGAUGGACCUCCACUGAACUCCUGUGUACAUGUAGUUGGUAAACUCUUCUCUUCAAUUGCUUAAAGUUGCUCCACAUCAGUUGAUGAAAAGUCAUCAAAUCCAGUUUAUAAGGCAACAAUGUUUUUCAAGGUAGAGACGUACUUGUUUAUAUCACCAUGACUAUGAUUAUAUGUUACAUGUUGAAAAAUAGCAAAUGUAUUGAUAAAGCUGUGUGUAUUGCUAAGAGGCGAGCUUUUGAGUGGAUUGGUCAGAAUUGACGGCUGAGACCAAGGGGCCAUCUCUUUUGAAAAUCAAUUGAUUCAAAAUCAGUCUUAAACAGAUUUGUCACAAAGAAUGUGCUGUGAAUCAAAUUGUCUGUUCUGGCCUGUGACACCUUCAUGCCAUCUUCAAAUGUAUAUUGAUGGAUGUAAAUAUGUAAAAACACCAGGAAGCUAGUUCUAUCUGAAGUCAACUUGAAACAUGUCAUCAGUGUCAAGGAUGGAAUAAAAUGUCACAUCAAAGAAGA